UUUCGAUUUUACAUGAAACACUGCUUCCUCUUUCAACCCCCUGACCCCACCUCCCCCUUGUUCGUAAACUGUUCGUUCUCUUCGCCAUUUUGUUUCGUGGACGUUGAUAGGCUCAGUUGAACCUUGAGAUUUCAGCGUUUGGAAUUGAGGAAGAAUUGAAAUAAAUAAUGGCAUUCUAUGGGAAUAAUAGAUUUGGUGGAAAUAGUGGGAGGAAUGGUUUUGGUGGCAACAAUGGAAGAAGCAGCUUUGGCAGCAACAGUGGAAAAUCAGGUUUUGGCGGGAAUCAGGGAAGAAAUGGAUUUGGAGGAGGAGAUCGCAGAGGUGGGAAUGGCUUCACCGGUGGUGCGGAGCGCAGGGGAAGUGGUUCUGGUGCUGGAGGCAGUAUGAAGGGCCAGCAGCCAGGCGGAGGACUCGUUAAACCCCAGUGGGAAAUGCAUAACCUCCGACCUUUCACCAAGAAUUUUUAUGUUCCUCAUCAGGAUGUGUCAAACAGGACCCGUCAUGAGGUAGAAAGCUACCGUGUCAAAAAUGAGAUUACCGUCAAGGGAAACAACAUGCCUAACCCUAUCCAGUUCUUUGAAGAGAGCAACUUUCCGGAUUAUGUGAUGAGGGAAAUCAGAAAUUCUGGAUUUAAUGAACCAACUUCAAUUCAAGCACAAGGUUGGCCAAUCGCCAUGAGUGGGCGUGACAUGGUGGGAAUUGCACAGACUGGUUCUGGAAAAACACUGGCAUAUGUUCUUCCUGCGACUGUUCACAUCAACAACCAAGAAAGAUUAUCUCGAGGCGAAGGCCCCAUCGCUCUUAUUCUUGCUCCCACGCGAGAGUUGGCUCAGCAGAUCCAGAGUGUCGCUAGAGAAUUUGGUUCCUCUACGUAUGUUCGCAACACUUGCAUUUUUGGUGGAGCUCCAAAAGGGCCCCAGGCACGUGAUUUGGAACGUGGCGUUGAAAUCGUCAUUGCUACUCCCGGCCGACUUAUAGAUUUCUUAGAGAGAGGAAUCACGAAUCUCCGGCGAUGCACGUACCUGGUGUUGGAUGAAGCCGACCGGAUGCUGGACAUGGGAUUUGAGCCGCAGAUCCGCAAGAUUCUGGAACAGAUACGGCCGGACCGACAGACCUUAAUGUGGUCGGCUACGUGGCCGAAAGAGGUGCGUAAUUUGGCUGAGGAAUUCCUGAAGGACUACGUCCAAAUCAAUAUUGGUUCGCUGCAGCUUGCGGCCAAUCACAACAUACUUCAGAUCGUGGAUGUUUGCCAAGAACACGAGAAAAGUGACAAACUGAAUGCAUUGCUACAGGAAAUUGGCUGUGAACAAGAGGGAAAGACGAUAAUUUUUGUGGAGACAAAGAGAAAGGUAGAAGACAUUACAAGAAGCAUUCGCAGAUUUGGGUAUCCAGCUGUAUGUAUGCACGGAGACAAAUCUCAGCAAGAGAGAGAUCACGUUCUCAGAGAAUUCCGCGGUGGAAAGUCAAACAUCCUGGUUGCCACCGAUGUGGCUGCUCGAGGUCUAGAUGUGGAUGGUAUUAAGUUUGUGAUCAAUUUCGACUACCCCAACUCGUCUGAAGAUUACAUCCACCGAAUUGGACGCACUGGUCGUUGUCAGAUGACGGGCACCUCGUACGCCUUCUUUACGCCAAGCAAUAGUCGUCAGGCCAGAGACCUUGUCGCUGUUCUUCGAGAAGCUAACCAGGUCGUAAACCCAAAAUUAGAUGAGAUGGCUAGUCGAGGAGGAUUUGGUGGCAGAGGUGAUCGUCGUUGGGGAAAUAAUGGAUUUGGGCGUCAGCAGAAUGGGUUAGGUGGUGCCAAAAGGUGGGAAAACAAGAGUUUUGCAGGAAAGAUGAUGAAGGGAAGUGAUAUGACAAACAGGAAUAAGCCCUCGCAUUUCUCUACAACUGGAAAGCCUACCCAUUCUCAGGUAGGGGACAGUUACAGCUAUGGCCGGAGGAUGGGGGGAGACAACAAGUUCAGCCUCCCUCCACCACCAUCAGGAGAUACGAAUUGGGGAAAGCAGUUUCCACAACCCAUCAAGACAAAUGGCAGCACUGCAGCAGUUGCUUCUCCCAAGACAAAUAAACCCAUCCUGAGCGUGAAAGAGAUGUGUAACGUUCAAGGAAUGGCAGCACCUGGCAGUGGUAAUACCUACAAUUACCCAGCAUUCUUAAAUACUUAUGGAUGUGCUCAGAUGCAGGCUGUUCAACAGUAGACAUGCUAAAACCUAAGCGUUUGGCAUAUCUGAAGAACAGUCUGUGAACUAAGUCAAAUGUGUAGGUUGUGUUUAUGUAUAUAUUUUCUAUAUGAAAAUGCCCUUUUUCACGGUUUGGAAAAAAAUAUUUUUCUUUUUGUUCUGUAAUACUCUUAAAAAAAAUUUCUGUAGGCACAGUUCUUGUCUGUGAGGUGUGCAGACAUGGCUAAGGUGCAGUAAUGAAGGUUGUGCAAGGACCUUUGCAUCAUCGUAGUUUGUCAAUAGGACACCCAGCGAACAACAGUAUUUGUGAUAUUUGAAGUACGUAAAUUAUAUGCUUUGUUUUUUCCUUUAUUUAAAUGGUGAGAAAUUCCUCAGGUUGGUUGUAAGUAGCCUGGUUCAAGACUUCAAGGAAAAAUUGAGGCUGGAGCAGUACAGGUGUGAUGGUCGUUACCUUAUGACAAUGGAUCAGAAGAUUCAUGCUGUUUUUUUUUUAAGUUGGUUUUAAUGGCACAACAGAAUUCCAGCUUAAUGCCAUUCCAUUUUCCUGUCUUUUUCUAUGUAUAUACGAGCUGUCAAGAUAGAUGGUGGACAAAUAUUGCUUUAAAUUUCAGUAUUGCUGUGUGACGUAUUUUUGUCAUUACUUUAUCAACUAGAAUUCCAACAUUCAUGGCGUGCUAAUUUUUUUUUUCUUCCUACAUUUGUUACAUCUUAAUCUUACAUUAUACUUUAUUUUGAAAAUCCCAUGUCAUGGUUGUAAGUAAUGGUUUCUAGAUGUGUAUCAUGCUGUAACAAAAUCUUGUAGUGUACAUAGAAACCAUAUAAUCUACUUAUUCUAUCCCUUCCCCCACGCCUCUUAAAAUCACCGAUUGAACGUAAUAACUUAGGAACACAAUCAUUACAUGUCACACUGUUUUAAGAUCUUAUUGUAUUUGUUAUUUAUCCUCGUGUUUGACUGGAUGUUAUUUUAUUGUAAUUUGUGUAGUGGGUUGAAAUAAAAGUAAGUAAAUCCCA